AUGCAGCGGGCCGAGCUGCGGGAGGGGGAGGCCGCGGCGGCGGCGGCCUCGUACCGGGUGCUGAGCCGCCUGCUGGGCUAUGGGGCCGGGCCGGAGGCGGGCGCGGGGCGGGGGGGGGGCGGCGCGGCCGUUAACGGCUCUAACGGCCCCGGCGGCGGCGCGCGGUUCCCGGCGGCGGCGGCGCUGCCGGGCGGGGCGCUGCGGGCGGCGCGGCCGCCGCCGCAGCUGAUGGUGUUCCGCAACGUGGGGCGGCCCGGCGAGGAGGGCGGCCCGGCGGCGGGCGGCGAGGGCCCGGCGGGCGGCGGCGAGCUGCUGUGCCCGCGGCACCGCUGCGCCCUGGAGCCCAAGGCGGCGGCGGCGGCGGGGGGCGCGGAGCCGCGCUGGGGGGCCGUGCCGCCCGGCGGGCUGGAGCUGCAGCUGGCCGCGCUGGAGCUGCAGCAGCACGGCCUCGGCGGCAAGGGCCCGGCCGGCUGCCCCUGCCUCGGCCUGCUGCCGCCGCCCGCCGGCCCCGCCGCCGCCGAGGAGACCAGCGACGCGCUCCUGGUGCUCGAGGCGCUGGAGCCCGACGAGCCCGAGAGCUGCUCCGAGGAGGAGCCGUGCAGCCCCGGCCGCGCCGAGCCGCCCCGCGGGGCCGCCCGCCGCGCCGCCCCGCCGCCCGCCGCCGCGGCAGCCGGCCCCGGCGCCAGGAAGGGCUCGCUGAAGAUCCGCCUCAGCCGCCUCUUCCGCACCAAGAGCUGCAGCGGCGCCUCGGCCCCGGGGGACGCCGCCGCCGAGAGACGGCGCUCCGGGGAGCUGGCAGCCUCGGCCGGGAGCCUCGGCGACGUGUGCGGGCCCCGCGGCCGGGAGCCGGAGGCGGGCAGGAAACACAGAUUGACAAGAACUCAAAGUGCCUUUUCCCCGGUUGUUUUCAGCCCCCUCUUCACAGGUGAAACAGUAUCACUAGUGGAUGUGGACAUCUCUCAGCGAGGACUGACCUCCCCUCAUCCUCCGACUCCUCCACCUCCACCACGAAGAAGCCUCAGCCUGUUAGAUGAUAUCAGUGGGACGCUGCCUACAUCUGUCCUAGUGGGUCCGAUGGGGUCCUCCCUGCAGUCUUUCCCUCUGCCUCCGCCUCCUCCACCCCAUGCCCCAGAUGCAUUCCCACGUAUUGUCCCCCUCAGGCCAGUAGAGGCGGUGAACAGCCAGCCCACCCCACACCUACAGUGUCCACUCUACCGCCCAGAUUCGAGCAGCUUCGCAGCCAGCUUGCGAGAACUGGAAAAGUGUGGCUGGUACUGGGGACCAAUGAACUGGGAGGAUGCGGAGAUGAAGCUGAAGGGGAAGCCAGAUGGGUCGUUUCUGGUUCGAGACAGUUCUGACCCCCGUUACAUCCUGAGCCUGAGCUUUCGAUCGCAGGGCAUCACCCAUCACACUCGAAUGGAGCACUACAGAGGGACCUUCAGUCUGUGGUGCCAUCCCAAAUUUGAAGACCGCUGCCAGUCUGUGGUAGAGUUCAUAAAGAGAGCGAUCAUGCACUCAAAAAAUGGGAAGUUUCUUUACUUCCUCCGAUCCAGGGUUCCAGGUCUCCCUCCAACACCUGUCCAGCUCCUGUAUCCAGUCUCCAGGUUCAGCAAUGUCAAAUCCCUUCAGCACCUAUGCCGCUUCCGCAUCAGGCAAUUGGUCCGCAUAGACCACAUCCCAGAACUCCCGCUGCCCAAGCCUCUGAUAUCCUACAUUCGGAAGUUCUAUUAUUAUGACCCUCAGGAAGAGGUGUAUCUGUCACUGAAGGAAGCUCAGCUGAUCUCCAAACAGAAGCAGGAGACUGAACCCUCAACGUAGCAAGGCUUCCUCUCCUGUCUUGUUGCUGUCACUGAUGGAAUUUGAUUGUUGCCAUCCUUUAGCCCAAGUCAGGCUGCGGUGGGAACAAAGCACACGAAAGUGAAGCCUGCUUCUGCAAUGUGACUUCAGCUCUCAAGCUCUUUUGUAUAUGAAAGAGGGUUCAAGACUACUAAGAAGUACAGCAGAACAGGAACAAGAGCCUCAGCUCCUGGCUAAGGGAGAGGGAGUCUCAGGAGACAGCUGAGCCCAGCUCAUGGACUCUUUCAGAACAAAGAAUGUCAUGGCACUAUUUACAAUUUUUUGAAAGUUUUAUUUUUGAUGUCUUCAUUUUUUUAUUUUCAGCAUGGGAAAUAUUGUCUUAUCAGCUGAAUUCUAUUAUCCUCCCUUGGAAACUUCAAGGUGGGGGGGGUGGAAGAGAGAAGAGGACUUGCUAGCAAGAUCAUCUGCUUCAGGCAUUAUGGUAAGACUGUUCUUUGGCUCUCACUAAAAGCAGAUACAGCCAGAGAGCUGCUUCAGAGGCAGACUGAGCCAGAUUCAUGCGCAGCUAUGUAGAAUAACCUCUGGGGAAUAUCGAGCCCGGAACAGCAUGCAGCUGUGUAACUGCUCUCUAGGAUUUGGAAGGCGAGGGCCAAAUUGAGUCUUGGGCAGCUGAGUUCUGCAACCGGAUUUGCAGGGCGGUCCUAUAUUCCUAUGUGAGUUAGGCCCAAGAAGGGAAGAGCAUAUGACUAAUUUGGAUGCCUUGGAGCCUUCUGCCAAAUGGAGUGGUUGCUGCUGCACUGGGGAGCAAAGGGCACUCUUUCAAGGAAGCAUCGUUCCAUUUAGCAAACACUAAGAAUUUUGCUGAAGAGCUGCACGCUGAAGUUGCUCAGAGAUUCUGUAUUAAAUGGAAAGUAGCAAAGCUGUUGCUGUAACUGUUGCUGCAGGCUGUGGACCAAAGGUAUGUGCUAAAGUAAUUUGUCUUGCAGAGCCUUGGGACAUGCUCUUUUAACCUUUCUGCUGGCUGUCUCCUGAAGCUGUGAAUGAAGUGGGUCAUUGAAGUGUGAAGGAUCUUGAUCAAUGGCUCUUGGGCAUUUAGAGGCAUCUUUGGCAUGACUUGGAGCAAGAAGCAGAUAACUGAGGAUACUUCUGGGAUGGCACCUGAUCUCUCUGUAAGCUUGCUUGCGGCCUCCUCUCCCUGGGAUGCCUGUGGAAACACAGCAAUUCAGAAACAGUAAAAAGAGAAGUGAUAGUUCUUACUGCAUUUCUGGGCCUGACACUGGCUGUAAUCCCCAUGGCCCUUAGCAUCCUGAUCUGCUGUUCCAUCCAUUGCAGCAGCUGCAAAGAAUUUGCAUUUUAUGGUGGCAUUUAAUGUUUGCCCUAAGUGAUGCUGUGAGCUCUUGUUGAGAAGAAUCUUUCCUGUGAUGUUGUGAUGAACACGUGUCCCCAUGCUCUCGACCUGGGUGAAGCAAAUGCUCCAUCAUGCAACAGUAUGGUCUAAAAAUAUGGUGCUGUGUGUGGCCUGGAUCUUCUGAUCAGCCUAUUGAUCUGCUAAGGUCUGUGCCCUGCGAGCUAGAUGUGGUCAUUCAGGAGCUGUUAAGAAUUUGUUCUUACCCUGUAGAAUGAUCUGUGUCCUUGAAUUGGAUAGUCACGUGGAUCUUAAAAGCAGCCUUGAAAAAUCCUGAUUGUCUGCCUCUGCCAAGUGUUGCUACAAAGGGUGCUAACAAAUCCUGGCCUCCGUUUCUUAACCAUCACCUCUGGCCUCUGUUUUCAGUCUUGGAAACAAGCUUUUUUGUUUUAAGAAAAAGGAUUUUGACUUUGAGAUGAAACCAAUAACUAAGCUUCAAAGUCUGUGGAAAUACCUCAUCGGACACUACUUGCUACUAACUGUUGCACGUCAGGGGCAGUGGAUAUCAGGAAGGGGUAAUUGCCCCAAGACAUGCGGCAUGGCAUAUAUUGAUCCUUGGUGAAAUCUGAACUGAUGUGUCCUAUCCACAAGGGGGGACAAGCAUUCAUCCCACAAGUUACCAGUGUAGCCUGCAAAAAACGCAAUUGCUCAGACUAAGAAACGC